AUGCUCAGAUUGAACCCAAUUUUAACUCGCAGAAGCCUAUUCAGACCACAAGUGUUUUCAAGGUGCAUCUCGUUGAAGCCAGAUUUCUCAAAGCUAAAGUUGAAGGAGCAACCUCCCGGUUACGUAGUUGGAACAGUCAAUGACGCAUAUGUUCCUCCAGAACCUGACCAUUUCCACGGUGGUUACCAUUGGACCUAUGAAAAAAUCAUCACAAUUGCAAUGAUUCCUUUAUUUAUAACACCUUUUGCUGCAGGAGCGGAGUAUCCUCUGGUUGACUCCAUAUUCAGCGUGCUGCUUGUGUUCCAUUGCAGAGCAGGAUUCGAGUCUUGUAUCAUUGACUAUAUCCCGAAGCGAGUGUACGGAGUUUGGCACAAGAUGGCCUUGUACUUGUUGGAUGCUGCUACAGGUCUUAGUUUGUAUGGUGUUUACGUUUUGGAAACGGAAAAUAAUGGUAUAUUUGAUUUGAUUCAGAAAUUGUGGGGUGCUUAA